ACAGCUUACUAUACUCUUAGUCGUUACAUUACGUUGUUCUGCCGGUCACUUGUUUCGAUACCAAGCUUAUCAUAUUGUCUGAAGAGGCCUUCGGUUGAAAAUAAUGUAAAAAGUGAAUUGUCUGGGAGAAAGUGCAUAUAUAUUUUUUUUCUACCGUUUUUAAGAUCAAGAUGAAAUUGCUAAGAAAUUACAAUAUAGUGUGUUUGUUCUUGUGUUUGACUUGCGUGAGUGUUGGUGAUGGACAAUUAUCAUUUGAUGUUAGGAUACCAAGAGUUGCUGAUAUUUUAAAUCGAGUGUCAAAUACUACUUUUGGUAUAAUCAGAGGCAGUGUCAAUUUUGUAGGCAGAGCGGUCGAUCGGGUGAUCAACACUUUUGGUAGAGUAGAAGACAGACUAAGAGCCUUAUUGGAAGAAUUUAGAGGCAUUAUACUAAGAGGAAUUCCGGAAUUGAACAUUCCAGUAUUGGACCCGCUUCAUGUGAACAAAGUAGAGUUUGAUGUCAAUCAUGAAGCUGCAAGGUUAAAAGGGAAAGCUGAAAACUUGACGAUAAAGCACAUAUCGAAAUUUCAAGUUGACAAAGAACGAUUCACGGACUUGGGUCAAUUUAGGUUUAAGUUGGAUUUAAAUCUUACAUUUCCUUACAUAAAAGUCACAGGAAAUUACAAAAUUGAUGGUAGAGUCGGUAAGGCUUUUCUAAUUUAUGGGGAAGGGCCUUUUUGGUUAAACUUAAUUGACUUGAAGCUUGGUACAUCUACAAUUUUAAAAUUUUCUUUACCUGCUAGAUUAAGGGUAGAAAAACUAAGUGUAGAUAUUAAACUAGGAAAACUUGAGAAUCGUUUUGAAAAUCUUCUCAAAGAUAAAGAAACAGGCGAUAUAAUUAACAGGGUAAUAUCACGUAUGGCUCCCGAAGCUCUAGAUAUUUUAUGGCCAGAAAUAAAACCUUCUGUAGAAGAACAGAUUAAGAAUUACAUCAACAGAAUCCUGGAAAAUGCUACAAUAGUUAACUUCGCCAAACAACUAUUUAAUGUUAGAGUUUAAGUUAAAAAUAAAAAGUAGGUAGUGCUAAAUGUGAUACAAACUCUUAUUUGUGCAAUUAUGUCGAGGUUAUAUAAUAAAAUAAACGUGAGUAAAUCCUGCAAGUACCAAUGUGCAUUUUAAUGUUUCAAUUUGAUGGUGCUUAGGAAACAUAUAGGUAUGUACCUGAUUUAUGUAUAGGUAAUAAUUAUUAUUUUAAUAAAUUGGCAUUGUAAUAUCUUGCCAUAGAAAAUUGUUCCCAAGGUGUUUCUGUUCAUACCAAUGUGUAUUUUGAUGUUUCAAUUUGAUGGUGCUUAGGAAACAUAUAGGUACCUGAUUUAUGUAACUAUAGGUAAUAAUUAAUAUUUUAAUAAAUGGACAUUGUAAUAUCUUGCCAUAGAAAAUUGUAUCCAAGGUGUUUGUGUUCAUGACUAAAUGUCAUUAUGUUUAUUCUCUCAAUGUUCUAGUAGUAAAGUUUUUGUUAACGGGAAUUUUUUUUUUUUGUAAAAAAUAGGUAAUGUUUGUUUCACGAGGGUUUGUACUUUUGACAUCAUUUGCCAUCCUUUUUUAACAAAUAAAAUUUGACUGAAACAAAUUGAUUUGUUCCAGUCAAAUUUUAUUUGUUAACAAAGGAAUGCAAAUAUGUCAAAAGUACAAACUCUCGUGAAACAAAGAGUAGAUACUUUAAUUAUUUGAGGUAUCAACCUUAAUUUUAGGUAAAAAGUAAAAAUAAGUUCAC